ACUGCUUCACAAUUUUGUGUCGUUUUCUGUGUGCCGUUUCCCAGAAGAAAAGGACUUGUGAAAGGGAGCAGAGCUCCAGCUCAGCAAAGGACUUGCGGAAGCCGUACAAUUCCACUUCUGUGAGGUGAGGUACAAUUCAGAGAAUUGGUCCUUGUUCUCUUCAUCUUCAGUAGUUCCUGUCAACGGCACAGCUCUUGCAUGCCUGGUCGAGCUUAUCUCUCCGUGUGCCCUCCUCCACUGACUGUCAUCAUUGUGACAUGCUGCUUCGAAAUCCUCUGUCAGCAGUCGAAUGGCUCAUUCUUGCUCUUAGCUGUGGAUGUGGCAGGGACAUGCUGGUCAGGAUGGAGAGAUGAGUGAAACUGUGUUAGUAAUUUUGCUCAUUGUACUGGUGGCAGUGGAAGUAAGCCCAGGGCACCUGGAUGUAUUCCUGCCAAAAGGAGAUGGAGAUAUUUACCCAUGGAGAGCAGUCCGAUUAACCUUGACAGGGACGGGGUUGGAUGGCUUCUCAACACAAGACCUCAUCAGCUUCUUUUUAUUCAACAAUGUCUCAAAAGUGAGAGCUUUGGCUGCAAAGGAGAACUGGUUAAGGUGUGAAACAUCUGGUGGUGCUUGAAGAGGAGCCUUCAGAAACUGGUUCAUUGAUUGUUGCCAAGCCAAAACCAUGGCUGACUCUCACAUGUCUGGCUCCGUAAGAAGCUACAACAGCAGCUCUCCCACCAGCAGCGCUUGGAACAUCACUGGCAGCGGCCCGUGGUUGUUGGCCUUCAUGCUGACUGUCAUCAUCCUCAUGACGGUCUGUGGCAACAUGUUGCUUAUCGCUGUGGUGUUUGCCCAUCGCUCUUUGCGUUGUACCUCAAAUUGCUUCCUGGUGUCUCUGUUCCUGUCUGACCUAAUGGUGGCCCUGGUGGUCAUGCCCCCAGCCAUGCUCAAUGUUCUGUGUGGGGCCUGGGUGCUGUGGCCUGCCUUUUGCCCCAUUUGGCUCUGCUUUGACGUCAUGUGCUGCAGCGCGUCCAUCCUCAACCUGUGUGUGAUCAGCCUGGACCGCUACCUCUUCAUCAUCUCACCGCUGCGCUACAAGCAGAGGAUGACCCCACCUCGGGCGUUGCUCCUGGUAGGAGCUGCUUGGGGGUUGGCGGCAUUGGCCUCCUUCCUGCCCAUUGAGAUGAAAUGGCACAGCUUAGGUCGUUGGAGUGGAAACUCAUCGGUUCCUGGUGUCAGCAGUAGCAACAUCAGCUCUUACUCUGACACAGUGGACCCAGCAGCCUACUUUCAGCUGUCACCGUCGGGCCUCUCCUCCCAGUGCCGCCUGCGGGUCACACUGCCCUUUGCACUGGUAGCAUCUGUACUCACCUUCUUUUUGCCCUCCAGCGCCAUUUGCUUCACUUAUUGUCGGAUCCUCCUGGCAGCGCGGAGGCAGGCCAAAAGGGUCGCAGCGCUGAGCCACCCACCACACCCACAUCCCUCUCUAGGGGAACCUUCUAGGCCUCCUUCACCUGGGGUUGCAGCAGGGCAAGCUCAGCAGGAUGGAGAUGACUGCAGUCACCAGGAACCUCCUGUGUCACAAAAUGUACCGCCAUCAGUGAACAGUGAGCGUGGUCUGGCUCACAGGCAGGGUCGGAGGGCACUGAAGGCCAGUCUGACACUGGGAGUCCUCCUGGGACUCUUCUUCAGCGCUUGGCUCCCCUUUUUCAUCACCAACAUGGCUCAGGCAGUGUGUGAGUGUGUCCCCCUCGCGCUCUUUGACGCCAUCACCUGGCUGGGCUACUGCAACAGCACAAUGAACCCCAUCAUCUACCCACUGUUCAUGAGAGACUUCAAGCGAGCUCUGGGAAAGCUCUUGCCCUGCUGUUCCUCGCAGUCACCCAGAAGACCCUCACCAGCGCUCUCCCUCUCUCUUCGCAACUCAGGAGAGCCCAACAUCGCCAGCAGCCCCCCAUCUCCCCUGGCCUCUGACCCCAUGCACCCCCCUGCCACUGCUACGGACGCUGUCAACCUGCUAGAUGUCGAGCAUGCUGGCAUCGAGUUGCCUCUGCUUCUGCCCAAUCAGGUCGACACCCUGGAUUGAACA